GCGGGCCGGAAAGCCCCGCCGGACCGGGGUUUUCCCCGCCGCCCCCGGGCUGACGCAGCCAGGCCCUCCGGGGGCGGCCCGUAAGGGCCGGCGCCCGCCGCCCCGCGCGCACUCCAGCGGGCCGCGCCGCCGCCGCCGCACCGACCCCAUGGGACCGGCGGCAGCACGGGCGGGCCGGGCGCUUUUGCCGGCGGCGCUGCUGGCGCUGGCGCUGAGCCCGGCGCCCGCCGCCGCCCUGCCGUGCGGCGCCGACUGCCCAGCGGGUACCUUCGUGGUGAUGGCGGGCUGCGGGCGCGGCGCGGGAGCGGGCUGCCGGCAGUGCCCGCCCGACACCUUCUCCAGCGCGGCGGGACUCCGCGGCUGCACCCUCUGCCGGAAGUGCGAAGGGAGAUUCAGGUACUUAAAAGAGUGCUCCUCAAAAAGCGAUGCUGAAUGCACGUGCAAGGAGGGGUACCGCUGCAGCGGCGACGGCUGCUCCCGCUGCGACCCAAGCUGCGGCGUGGGCCAGGAGAACACCGGGAGUGGUUGCCAAACUUGCCGCUAUGGAACUUUUAAUGAUCAGCCCAAUGGCUCCUGUAAAAACUGGACAAAGUGCUCUGCAAACCAGGUCCUGGAGCCUGGAACUGCAGCAAAAGACGUCAUUUGCAAACACGCUUCAGAUAAUCCCACUUUAGUCACUACUCUACCUACCACGUCUCCUGCAAUUCCAUUUUCUAUCACUGUGCCAGGGGAAGACCUCCAGAUGGACAUUAUCAGAAUUUCUCUUACUGUAGCUGGGCUGUUGUGCAUAGUGUUUCUGCUACCUUCGUGUGUAUGCUUCGGUAUCUGGCAGAAAAAGAAGCUACAUGCUGUCUUCAAGAAAAUGCACACCACACCUGAACAGUCAAUUCAGGAAGAUGAUGCCUGCAGCUGCCGCUUUCCUGAGGAAGAACAAGGUGAAUAUCAGGACCAUAGCAAAUCCACAGAAUUCAGAGAUCUUUUGGUGAACUAGGAAUUGGACUGUUCAGCUCAACCACAUUUGAAUUUCCUUUUGGAACACAGAACAAGAACCUGUUUACAUAAAUAGAAAGGGUAUCAAAAUCUGUGGAUUUCAGAGUGCUAAAUAGCCCAGCCACUGAGGAAACAGUGCAUCUUUUCCAUCUCUUAAAGAAAUAAAAAUAAAUAAAUAAAAAGAUCCAAGUUUGCUGACUUUCUUCCUCUAGGACUAGGAAUCAUAUUUCCAAGAAGCGGUACUUGAUCCACAUACAGAAAAAGUACUGCACUUAAAAGCAGUAACAAAAGGGCAGAAUGGCUUUCUGGUCCCUCUUAGAAAUGGUGCUGGAGCCAUAAUUUACAUGCAGUCUGAAAGCAUUUGAUGCUCAAAAGGGGAUGUGUAGCACAUAGUGGAGCCACUUGUGACACUCAUGGUCUCCAUUACCAGCUGUCCUCUUGAGUCUAGAGCUGCAGCUCCUCCUAAAGUUUAGCUCAAACCCAACAGUCUUGGGUUUUGUGUGCAAAUACAGAUAGACCUCAUUUCAGAUCCCAUCAGUGCUAGAAACAGAUACCUGGCCUGACUACUGCACACCUUCUUAUAUGUAGGAGAGAGGAAGCCAUAAAAAUCUAGAGCUGCAAAGUGUUUCGUAAGAGCUUGCCUCUGCUGUUGUAUUACAGUGAUUGGCUUAAGAGGGUCAGUGGAAACACUGAGAAAAGCUGUGGUUGACUUGAUCUUAGAAAUAGAUGUUACUGUGCAGCUGGACUGCACCACCUUCUACAUCAUUCAACUUUGAUCUUUUAGGUGAUGUAAACAUAUGUACAUUGCAGAUGUGGUAUACGUAGAUGUGAUACAUUUCUGGUACUAUUUUUGUAACUCUGAGGUUGGAAAGAUUUUAACAUCAGACACUCUGUAUCUGUCUCUCUGAUCGAUUACUGUUACUUUGGUCUUAAAAUGCAUGUUUGAAUCAUGGUAUUCACAACAACUUUUUUAACCUUUUACAAAACCAAAUAUUUUAUUUCUUUAGUAGAUGUUAUGCAAAAAAUAGAAUGAAAACCCACCUACAUGUCAUGUAAAAGAUGAUUUUCCCCUCUAUGUGAUUUCAACUUGGAGAAUGCUAUUCUUGUCUUUGAGGAACGACAGCCUGUCUCUCCAUUCAGCAGAUUACAAUAGCAGAUUAUUUUCACCAAACCACACUUAGGCAUUUUGAUAAACUUCUGUACAAGUAAAUAUAAAACAGUAUGUGAGAAAAUAAAUGUCGUACCAAAGCCUGAACUAUUAAGUAUAUUUAAAUAAAUCUCUCUUUUCAUCCCUAGCCCAAUUCUCCUCUCUAUUAGAACUUUCGACCAUGAGAACUAAGUGACUAUUACGUCAAGUUCACAAACUCAAAGACAUGAACAGGACACGUGAAAAGCCACCAAUCUAUUUAUAAAAUCAACAAGCAACCUUUGCACCAGUGGACAGUAUCUUAGAACAGGAUAAAAUAGUUCUGCUUGUGAUUAGUUUCUAAUCCAUAUGUAAGGUAUGAGAAUUCAUGUACAGAUCCCUGUAAAAACUCAAAACAUCUGGUGGUUUGUCCUUGGAAAAAAGAGAUAGCAGUUGGAAUUUUAUAUUUUGUUAGUGCAUUCAGCAUAUAUUUUGAAGGACAUUCAGUUCAUAACAAAAGCAGCACUGUAAAUACUAAGAUAGUUGGAGUGUUUAGCAGUUUUCAGAUUUAUACAAUAUUCAAGUUCUGUGAAUUGUGGCUUUCUAUAAAGAACUCAAAUUAUACCCAUAGAAUCAUGCACUUCCUUGAACAUAAUUAAUUGUUGCAUGUUGUGGAAUUUGCCUUCACUGUGUUCACAUAGAACAAAUGUAUUAGAAGCUUGUUCCCGUUCUAGACCCCACAUAGAUAGAUAUUUUAAUUUAAAAGUACUAAAGGACUUGCUUAAAUUCUUCUUCUCACUAUGCAUGUAGCAGAAACAGCUGUAAAACCACUUCUGGCAGUAUGCUAUGGAAAUGCAGUGGGCAGACUCAUCAAUUAAGUUUGCUCGGAAGUUUGCAUCUGCAAAAAAGCCACAUAUUUGUAGCUUCCUUUUUUCCUUUUUAAAUUAUUCUUUCAUCUCCUGAAAAAGUCCAUGGCAGCUAAUAAAACUUCAGUCAAAGCUAGAUAAUGUGCAGAUUGGCGGUUGACAAGUGGCUACUAUACAAGUCACAGAAACAGAAAUGGUGUAGCCAUCUGAUCUAAAUAAUUCAGGAUGCCACAUGCAAUUUUUUGAAUGUUUUGUUCUCUCAAGCUUUUGUAAAAAUGUUGCACAGUAUGAUUUAGGGAUCAUCAAUGACUAGAUUAAAAGAAACAUUGUCAUCAGUAUUAAGCUUCUACUAGCUUUCCUGAACAGAAUUUGUGGCUGAAUUUGUCUGUUUCUUAACACAGAGGAUGACAGCCUUCCCACAUGCAUAUUAAGCACUGUAAAAUCCUUCAUCCAGCAAGGGUGAAGGGGGAGAAACUGGACUGUGUAUCUUUGACUAUUGGUAAUUACGGCAGAAGGAAGGAGUAAAGCCUAACUGUCCGUAAUUCAGAACCAGGGCUGUGGAAAAGAAGUAUUUUUUGGUGAGGAAAAAUAACGGAUAGAUCACGUGCAUCUUGGCUUCACAGGGAGCUUUUAUUGAACAUACAGAUUCUUUAACACCUGAAGAAACUUACCAGUUCAUGUAGAAAUAAUGCAGAUCAGUCCUUCUAACUCUUUGAGCUCUAAGUGUUGUCUGCUUUCUGUGAAUGUCUCUUUUCUCAACAGUCUUUUUAAUUUAUUAUGUAGCAAGCAAAAAGGAACCGGGAAUGCCAUGGCGGCUCUCAAGCAGCCCAGGUGGCUGAGGAUGAGGUAACAGGCCAGAUGCAAGCUUUUUGCAUUUCCAUUUGUUUUUCUUGGAAGUCAGAAAGUGUCCUUUUAGCCAGACUGUGUGUGGAGGCCCAGGUGAUGUCAGGCAGAGUUCUGAAAGCAUGGAAAAAGGAGACAAAUCCUCUUUAAAGAUAAUUUUGAGCAGGAGAGCCUGCUGGUUUUUUAUUGCUUCCAGAACCAGCACCAUUUCCUGGCACAGUUACUGGCAUCAGUAAUUAAAACCAUGUUUGUCACAUGUCUUGGCUUCAUAAUUUCUUGUAAGAGUUGUGUGGCUAAGGAAAGCAAAAGGUUCAUAGCAAAAGGCUUUCUGUUUCUCACUUCCCUCUCUUCUACAGGCACGCCUGUGCAUUUCUGUGCCUGAUACUUCUGGAUGAUAGAGACUCUGAAACUGUAAUAGCUCCUCUCAAACAUAUAAACAUCAUAUAAUUUUUUAAAAGCAGAAUAUGAUUUCUUAUUUUCAGUCUUUCUAUCAGAUCCUUCAUAGGAUAGAAGCAUAGUCUUCCCUGACAGUCAUUCUGAUACUAACACUAAUGAUGCAAAUACCUCCACAGGAGAUGGUCCACUCUGAAGAGACUUAACACAUAGGAAAUAGUACUACACAGGCAACUUGCACCGCUCCACUUGCUUUUUAAACAGGUGAUAAAAAGUCAAGGUAAGUUUCACGAUUAAAAUGAUACAAAGUCUUAUUCUAUCACCAAGUGUUACCUCAGUUCUCUCAGCCAGGAACAAGCCUUCCCUGAUACAGUGCUUUCUUCAGAGCCUGCCAAAGGAGGUUCUCCAUCCCACAGGGUUUGGGUUAGCUGUGCAUCAGGAACAGAUGGCUGAGCAUCCUCCUAUCUAUCCCUGGAACUAGCACGAAAAAAGCUGUUGGAUGCCGUCACUGCCCUCACUAUCCUGGGUGCCUGCCAGUUAAAGCAGCAGACUAUUCCUGCAAUACUCUGAAGCAAACUGGAUUGUAUUUUAAUGAAAAAAAAACAAAAAACCCACCAGCUGAACACCCGCUGAAAUCAGGGAAAAUCUCUCCUGUUUGUCUAACCUGUUUGCAUUAAGGAAAUAAAUCAGAUUUUAUUUGAUUUA